CAUGACGGGAAGUGUAGCCUUGGCGGCCAUCUUGGAUAGAAUGAAAGCGCACGUUGCGUAGUCGUCCAUUUUUUAUAGACUUGUUAACACGAGCGCAUUUUAUCAUUCAAGAUGGAUUUUCAGCAUCGCGCAGGAGGUAAAACUGGAUCUGGAGGGGUCGCCUCAUCGUCAGAAUCGAACCGAGACAGAAGAGAAAGGCUGAGACAGCUAGCAUUGGAAACGAUCGACCUCAACAAGGAUCCUUAUUUUAUGAAAAAUCAUCUUGGUUCUUAUGAGUGCAAGUUAUGUUUAACCCUACAUAAUAAUGAGGGAAGUUAUUUAGCUCACACCCAAGGCAAGAAGCAUCAGUCAAAUCUAGCACGCCGAGCUGCAAAGGAGGCCAAGGAUGCUCCAGCUCAACCAGCACCUGAAAAGCCAAGAGUCUCAUUAAAGAAGUUUGUAAAGAUUGGAAGACCUGGUUAUAAAGUGACAAAACAAAGGAAUCCAGAUAAUGGUCAGCACAGUUUAUUAUUCCAGGUUGACUAUCCUGAAAUCGCUGAAGGAGUGGUCCCAAGACAUCGAUUUAUGUCUGCUUAUGAGCAGAGGAUAGAACCGCCCAAUAAGCAAUGGCAGUACUUGCUAUUUGCUGCAGAACCAUAUGAGACAAUAGCUUUUAAAAUUCCCAGUCGAGAGAUUGAUAAAGAAGAAGGCAAAUUCUGGACCCAGUGGAACAGAGAUACAAAACAGUUUUAUAUCCAGUUCCAUUUCCGACUCUCCCCGCACCAGCUGCAGAUGCAACAACAGCAGCAGCAGAACCGCAAGCAACCCCCUCCACUAAUGCCGCCUGGACUUGUACCACAACGACCCCGUAACAUACCUGCUGCAAACCCUCUUAACCCAUUUUCCAAUCAGUGAGUGGGCAACUCCGUGAAAGGCCACUUGGAGUUGUGUUGACUUAGUGCAUCUGCAUGGCUGAAACAAGUUCGGCGGCUCACAGGGAAAAAUCCAACACAACAGACAAGCCAAGAGGAUUUGGGCAACCUUCUCAAAAAUCCCUGUCACAUACAGUACAACAACAGCAAAAACUCUUGCAUUAUUUAUAAUUUUUAGUUAGUUUUUAACCCAGUUCUAUUUUUGUUUUUCGUGUCUCUUCGCCAUCUUCUGAGUAAAACUGAGUAGAAACCUCA